UGACAGGAUGGACCCCAGGACACUUCGAUCCAGUAGGUGGCGGUAUUCACCUUUCACGUUGAUUUGUAACCCGUCAUUAAAUCAAAAAAGAAGAAAGCGUUUACUUCCGUGUAAAAUUUAUGAAUGACUCCAACUUCCCUGUGCGGCUUUUGCUAACUAUAGCAACUGUAUCUCAGUCGAGUUGGUCAACUGACUGCUACUGCUACCAUCAAGUUAGUCCAAAUGGAUUAUACUGCAACUCAAAGUGGAUUCAGACAGCAGCCUAAUAUGCGUCUAAGGACUAGUUUGGUGGAUGGUUCAGAAGGCAGCCAGCUGUUUGAGGAUACGAGUGGAGCUGCAUCUGGACCACAGACGGGGUACAGUAACCAGCAGGCCGGGCCUCAAGCAGCAGGAUUUCCUGGCCAGUCUAUCCUGUCAGACCCCAUGUCUAACCUGGCCAUGGCAUAUGGCAGCUCACUGGCGUCCCAGGGAAGGGAAAUGGUAGACAAGAAUCUGGACAGGUUCAUCCCAAUUUCUAAGCUGAAAUAUUACUUUGCUGUGGACACAGUGUACGUGGGGAAGAAGCUGGGCCUUCUAGUAUUCCCUUACAUGCACGAGAACUGGGAGGUGAGCUACCAGCAGGACACUCCUGUGGCUCCACGCUUUGAUGUGAACGCCCCGGAUCUCUACAUUCCCGCCAUGGGCUUCAUAACAUACAUCCUGGUGGCUGGACUGGCCCUCGGCACACAGAACAAGUUUUCUCCGGAGCUGCUGGGAGUUCAGGCCAGCUCAGCGUUUGUGUGGCUGAUCAUGGAAGUCCUGGCGGUCCUGCUGUCGCUCUAUCUUGUGACCGUAAAUACUGACCUCACGACCAUAGACCUGCUGGCCUUUUCUGGCUACAAAUACGUUGGGAUGAUUGUAGGGGUCGUAGCAGGCCUGUUAUUUGGGAGGCCGGCAUACUAUCUCUCUCUGCUUUGGUGUUGUGUUGCCAUCUUUGUCUUUAUGAUCCGCACGCUGCGUCUGAAGCUGUUAUCUGAGGCGGCGGCGGAGGGAAGGCUGGUGAGAGGAGCCAAAAACCAGCUGAGGAUGUACCUCACCAUGUCUAUAGCAGCAGCACAACCCAUCUUCAUGUACUGGCUCACCUACCACCUCAUCAGAUAAAACACACACACACACACACAAAAGAAGCUGGACUUUGAUGAAACACAACAGCCAUAGUAGUCUGGAAAAUAUCCCAUCACUUCCCAGUCAUAAAGACAAAAGUACACACUCACAAGACUAGCAAAACAACACAUGCUACAAGACGAUUAGGAGAGGAACUGAGGCAUUACUGCCUUCUCUCUCACAGCACAGCCCCGAGUCAUUAGUUUUGCCUUUUUUUUCUGUCUUUUUUUUCAUGUAAUGUCUUCAAAAAUGUGUAGCAAGAGCAAACGGCUUUAAGUUGUUUUUCUAUACUUUGUAAUUAUUGGUUAAUUAUGUUUUUAGGAAUAUUUAUGUAUAUGUUUGUGUAUAGAAAAAUUAUUAUUGCAGAUGUUGCUCUGGUCUGAUAUCUCAUGUGAAUUUUCUGAGCCGACUAAGAAAGCAAACUAACCUCACACAAACCGUCCAUUUAAUGACGAGAAAGUAGUCAAAUUCAGGUUUUAAGGUGAUUUAACUGGUUUGGAUGUUUGACUAGAAUGACCUUUUCCCUGGUGCUCAUGUUUAUUUCAUGGCUGAGAGAAAUACGUGUUCUGUCAUCAUCGGAUGUGGAAACAAGGGUUAUCUAACUGGUGUGUUAGUGUGGCUGCAGUACCACCUCUGUUUUAUCAGUUUCAUCUUUUUGUAUGUGCUUUGAUACAUGUUCUUUGCUGCCUGACAACUCUUGAAUAGAAAUAUCAACUGUGUGUAAGCCACGUCAUCAGGGCGUAGACCUCACAGUGAAAUGUUGAGUUGACUUUGAUAUCCUUUUAAAUACAAAGUAAAUUAUUUACUGCUUUUCAUAUUUAAAGUCGGAUGGAAUAAAGGAAUGGAAGAGAUGGUCUGUUCUGUGAAAAUUGUUUUAGUCUCUGAAAUACUUGAAAUAUUUUAACGUUAAAUACUUUCUUGUGCUUGUAAAUCAUCUCAUGCCUCAGCUGUUUUUUAUGUAGCCAAUGUUGACUCAAACCAGGGUAGGAUUCACAUUCACUUAAAUUAAUUCAGGAAACUAUUCAAAAAUCUGGAUUUUUUUUUUCGCAUUUCCCUCAGAUGAAAUGUAUGAUUAUUGAUAAAUGCUAAAACACUAACCUCCGUUAACUGAGGUGCCAAUAAAACCUUCCAAAUAUUUUGCCAAAGUGCUCAUUUAAAUAGGAUUUCUUAAAUUACAACGAAUGACUCAUUCCUUAUAUACAUGUAGCAGGUAAUUUAAACAUUUAUUUCAGGAUUAAUCAUGAAUGGAUCCCAUCUCUGACUGUCAAAGUAGGCUGUAAGCCACCUAUCGAGUCAAGCCACUGAAAUGAUAUGACGACUGAUAAAUAAAGUCUGACUGAUGGAGCUGCUGAA